AUGGGACAGUGCGUUAUGGGAUACAGCAGAAACCGCUCUGCUUCUAACCACAGUCUCACGAUUGAGGAGAUUCGUGAAAAGCCAACCAAAAAGGAAAUUUAUUCAUUGUUGAUGCCCCUUUUUUGGCCUUCAAAGUGUACCAGUAGACCGUAUAUAUUUUUAAGAGUUUUGAUCAUUGUAUCACUUUUCUCCCUUCUGAUCGGAAAGGCCCUGGCAAUAUUUGCACCAAUGCUUAUCGGUUGGUGUAUAACUGAGCUUGGAGCCCAAAACAUGAAAAAAUCACUCCUCUAUUUGACAGGAUAUGUACUACUGAUAUUCGCAUCAGUUUGUUUCGAUGAGCUGAGAAACUUUACUUAUCGAUAUGUACAAUAUAUUGGAAUAAAUGACUUGUCACUCCGUUUAUUCGAACACGUCCAUCACAUGAACUAUCAUUGGUUCACAAGUGCGAAGACCGGCCAGACAAUAAGAGCAAUCUACCGUGGCUGUGAAAGUAUGCGUGAACUCUCACAAUUCGCUGUUAUAACACUGGUUCCAACCAUUUUGGAGUCAAUAGUGGUGAUUAUCGUAUUCUUUACUGUAUACAAAAACUACUUGCUGGGUAUUAUACUCUUAGUAGGACUGAUUGUAUACUUUGUGUUCACAGUGCUCGUUACGAACUGGAGGCUGAAGACCAGAGAAGAUCAGGCGCAGAAGGAUAACGAAAUGCACUCAGUUGCAAACGACUCAGUGAAUAACUUCGAGGCAGUGAAGCUGUUCGGAAACGAAGACUUUGAGCUGAAGAAGUACGGAAAGGCAGUGUACCUGUAUGAGCUGUUUAACCUGAGAGUGCUCAACAGCCUGUCAAUAAUCAACGUAGGGCAGGAGUUGAUAAGACAAGUGACAACCUUCCUGUGUUUCGUAGUGGGAAUUCUGCAGAUCUUAAAGGGCAACGCGAGUCUCGGAACGUUUAUGGUCAUACAGACGUAUCUGUUCAGAAUUUUCAGACCACUACACAUUCUAGGAACAAUCUACGGCUCAAUAGUUAAGUCCAUGGUAGGACUCUACGACGCAGCAUCUCUGCUCAAGAUGAAGAGUACUGUCGUUGACCACGAAGAGGCAACGGAAGUUAAUCUAACUGAAGUCAAUGACCCGCUCAUAGAGUUCAACAACGUGUCGUUCUCAUAUAGUACCACAGGAUGCCCAAUGGACUCACUCGUGCUGAAGAACAUUAACUUUAAACUUGAAGCGAAUAAGUCAAUAGCAAUCGUGGGUCCCACAGGAACAGGAAAAACGACAAUAUUCAGACUGCUGUCAAGACUGUAUGACCCACUUAUGGGACAAAUCUUGAUCAACGGAAAGAAUAUAAAGGAGUAUAAGCAGAAGAGCCUGAGGAGCAUAAUGGGAGUAGUCUCACAGGACACAAUACUGUUCCACGACUCAAUAAGAAACAACGUCAAGUACGCAAAGUUAAACGCAACAGACGAGGAGAUCUGGGAAGCACUGAAAAAGGCAGAGCUGUACGACAGAGUCAUGGAGUACCCAGACAAGCUGGACACAUUGGUGGGAGAACGAGGAAUUAAGUUAUCGGGAGGAGAGAAACAGAGGAUGAGCAUUGCAAGAUGUUUCCUGAAAAACCCACCAGUUAUCGUAUUGGACGAAGCCACGAGCGCACUGGAUUCGAAAACGGAAUCACAAAUACAAAAAACAAUAGCAGCACUGGUCAACAAGAAGACCACGCUGACCAUAGCCCACAGACUAUCGACAAUCGUCAACUCAGAUUUAAUCCUAGUCCUGUUCAAGGGCGAAAUCAUCGAACUGGGAAAACACGAGGACCUGCUGAAGAUGAAGGGAUUCUACAAGUCGUUAUGGGAUAUCCAGCUGAAGAAGCAGCUGGACGUACUUCACCAGGAUUUCUAG